CAGAGUCAUGGAUUAUUUGACUGAAAUUGCGGGACAAGUUAUAAAAUUUCCAGAUGAUUUAGACAAAGAAGCAAAAUCUUUUCAAGAAAUUGCAGGAUUCCCAGGUGUUAUAGGCUGUAUUGAUGGUUCAUAUAUAAACAUAAGAACACCAGCUCACAAAAUCGCAUCGACGUACGUCAAUCGACACGACAAGACAUCUAUAACAUUGCAAGCAAUAUGUGAUUAAAAAAAAAAAUUCAUCGACGUGUUCACUGGAGUUCCAGAAAAAGUUCACGAUGCCAGAGUCUUUAAAUUAAGCGAUCUCAAACAGAAGCUUCCACAAAUAUGUGGGAAAAAGUAUCACAUUUUAGGCGAUUCCGCUUAUCCGAUACGCGAAUGGCUACUUGUGCCAUUGAAAGACUAUGGAGAUUUAGGAGAAAUGGAAAAUAGAUAUAAUAAAAAAUACUCUCAAACUCGCAUACUUAUUGAAAAUGCUUUCGAUAUAUUAAAAGCACGGUUUCGUCAACUAUUAUUGCAGACAUGCAUUCAGUCGAAAAGAUCACGAAAUUAAUUAUCUGUUGUUGCGUUUUGCAUAAUCUAUGCAUAGAUAAUAACGAUAUAUGGGAUUGGGAUGACAUUCCCGACAAUGAAGAGGUGCAAUUUGUAACUAAUAUUUACGAAGAUAAUUCAGAAGACAAACUGAAAAAUAUCGGGGAAUUAAAACGAUUCAGAACAAUGCACUGCUUGUAAUAAAAUAUCUUUAUUUUGUAAUAAACAUUCGAUAAUAAA